UCACAAGGUGAAGUCACUCACUCCUCCUCCUCCUCCUCUCUCAUGUCUCGUCUCUCACUUUCCUCUUACUUUUUCUGCACGUUGUGUUUGACUCCACAACACAUCUGAUUUUUAACAGGGACCACAAGUGAUUGUGGAUUUUCUGCGUUAACACUCGGUCAUUUUGUGCGUAAAAGCAUCCAUCAUUCCUCCAUCUGUCCACACGGAUGUGCAGCCUCAAGGAGAGGAUAUGUACCCGGGCAUAAUGACCACCAACCACGGACCCCCUUCCUAUGAGGCCGGAUUUCUGCACAACGCCUCGGCGGGCACCUCCCCGGUCUAUGUGCCCACGACGCGGGUCGUCACCCCCAUGAUCCCGGCGCUGCCUUACCUCCAGACGCCCGGUGCGUCGCAGCAGAGCAGCCCCGUGUCGAGCCACUCCGCCUGGGCGCAGCCAGGCGCGGACUCGGUGCCCUCAUACAACCACUCCCCGGUGUCCUCUCGCUUCACCUUCUCCAGCAGCCCACCUAUGUCCUCCGGGGUGGCCGCGGCCCGGGAGGUGGCAGCCUCUUACUCCAGCCCGCUAAACAUCUCCGCGAACGGCAGGGAGCACUACGGCGCCCGGGGCCUCAGCGGGUCGUACCACAGCCCGUACACGGCCUACAUGACCCCGAACAUGGGCGGAACGUGGCCGGCGUCCCCGUUCGAUAGCCAGGUCCUCCACGGUCUCCAAGCCGGUGCUACUCCAACACGGCAUCCAAACAUAGAUUUGUUCGAUGACUUCGCUGAGGGCCGAGAGUGCGUAAACUGUGGGGCGAUGUCGACCCCCCUCUGGAGGCGGGACGGCACCGGCCACUACCUGUGCAACGCCUGCGGGCUGUACCACAAGAUGAACGGCAUCAACAGGCCCCUCAUCAAACCCCAGCGACGACUGUCUGCCUCAAGAAGGGUGGGCCUGUCCUGCACCAACUGUCACACCACCACCACCACCCUGUGGAGACGAAACGCAGAGGGAGAGCCGGUCUGCAACGCCUGCGGCCUCUACAUGAAACUCCACGGGGUACCACGACCCCUGGCUAUGAAGAAAGAGGGGAUCCAGACCCGCAAACGCAAACCCAAGAACCUCAACAAGUCCCAAACCGGGACUCCAGGCUGUGAGGGGAAUCAAGUCACACCUUGCAGCACUCCCCGUCACGCCACCGGCAGCAUCAGCCUAAGCAGCGGCGGCAGCACAGAGGAGCCUCGUCAGAUAAAGACAGAACCGGAGGCUCACAGCUUGUUCUCACACCACAGCGCACACUCACAGAUUUCCGCACUGCCGGCUUACAUGGCAGCUCAAGGUGGAGCCAUUCCUCUCAAGAUGUCCCCCGGGGGCCACAGCGGAUCCUCUGGAUCCAAAGCUGAGCCGUGGAGCAGCCUAAUCCUGGCUUAGAAGACCUACAACCCAGAACCAACUCAUCUUUAAACUCUCCUGACAGACAAGAGUGCUGGGAACGUGGACCACUGCUGUGGAUGCGGAUGAUUCCACCCAGCCUGUUUGUGCAGGGCAGAGAUAUGAGACAGGAAAAUGAAGGGCACUACAAAGAUGGACGUCUGCCGGGAUGGAGUUUGACAGUUAUGAAGGAGCAGCUCUGUGAUUCAACCCAAAUGCAAACUUUGAUAUGUAAAAAACACCAACUUUGUUAGACAAAAGGUUUUCUCGCAAUGCGAGUUUGUGACACAAACUGUGACAUAAGCCAGUGACAAAUAACAGUAGUGGUCAGACUUUAUCUCACUGAGUUAUUUUUAUUUCAAUCAAUUUUUUCAUUUUGAGGAUAAUAUUGAGGACAAUCUCCCAAAGAAAUGAAAGUAAUGAAUUACAGUUUAGCACCAUGGACCAUUCAUAUAAAUAAGAAAAGAAACUUACCUGAGUAGUACAUUUGUAAAAGAUGUCUGAACUCAGUAGCAAUGUCUCACGAUGGGACACAACUAAUGUGCUGCUAACAUAAUGCAACACUAUGGAACAUUUCAUACAAAAGGAUUUUAAAGGUUCACUUACUUGGAUUAGGGAGAUUAUUGUCACUUAAAUUCCCACUCCUCACCCCAAACAUCUGUUCUUGCUCUAUGCAACCCUGGUGAAGGGUUAUGAUCUUCUAUGAGAAGUGUGGAACCAGUCAAAGCUUCAAUUGCCAAAAUCAGGUCCAGCAAGUUCCUUCCAGAGGAGUAAUAAAAAAAAAAAACAGUGUUUAUCUUCAAUGUUCAGCAAAGAAACAUUUAAAAUAUGCAGAAUUCUCAACAGAGUUUGGUGCAUUUGUUACAGAAACAGCUUCCUGUUCAGGAAGCCGGGGACCAUGGGUAAUAUCCACUGUUCAGUUGAGUCUCAGCUCGGUCGGUGGGACUACGCAGUCUUUGUUUUUCCUCUACAUGAAAACCACUUUAUCGCUCGGACAUGGAGCUCAACAGAAUGAAUCACGGCCCAUGGCUGCUGAGGGCGCUGCUGCUCAAUAACAAUGACAUAGUGUUGCUUUAAUAAACCACACGCCUCAGUUUUCAGUAUUUUCAAUGUGACUUUGUGUAAUUUCCCAAAGUAACUGGUGCAUUGUUUUGUUGUUUUUGCGAGGCAAGUUGCUGUGGAGCUUUUUACAUGCAAGUUUUACUUUAUUCAAGCACCUCAGUUGUAUUCGGGCAGCAGCAAAAGUCUGAGCAGCUUUUACCUCCACAUUAAGAAAACACAAACAUGGCCAAACAUUGUGUGAUUGGGUUUAUUAAAGAUCAUUUUAUACAGUCGGGUUUAAUCACAUAUAUUUAAUUCCAAUGACUGUGACGUCUAAUUAAAAUUAAUCUAAUUAAGACUUUUUAGCCAAACAAACAUAGUGAAACUAAGAGAACUGCUCUUGACAUCCAUCACUCCUCAACACCAGUGAUAAUAUGACCCUCAGUGAAAAAAGACACAUGACCCACUCAUUGCAAUAGGAGCUGCUCCCUGGUGGACUGGAUCAGCUUCACUUUGUCCUUUAGAUGUAAAGUAAAAAUCCACACAUCAGUAUUGUCAACUGUAUGAAAAGAUAAAUGAAAAACUAUUAUGAAAGAUGCACAUGACAAAUAUGAUGCGGACGGACUGUCCCACAGCUCCCUCUGCUGACACAAGUACAAUAGUGCAUCCACACGAGGAGCCUCCUAAACACUUUCCAAGAUAAACAAUCCUCCAUCUAUUUAUUAUUAUAGAGCCAACUCAAACCACAUUAUCAUCUAGUAAUCAUCUAUAAUAUAUAUCAAGGUUGUUUGAUAAACUAUAUGAAGGAGAAGUUUACAGUAUGAUAGCGACACUGCUUGAAUUUUCCUGUGACAAGCAUGGAGGCAACAUGUGUAAAUGUGGGAUUCUGUAAUUUACCUAAAUAAGCAUAUGAGCGUGUAUGUAAAAAACAAACUCCACUCCAGUAUAAUUGUGUAAUACACCAUUUGUGAUAUAUUGUAAGUAAAGACACAAUGAGAGACAAA